AUGAUUGCCCAAACUAUCGAAAAGUCGCAGAAAAGGUGGGAUAGAUUCAUCCCGGAAAUUGCCUAUGCGUAUAACACCGCGCACUGCGAAUCAACGGGGUAUACGCCAGCUUACUUAAAUUUCGGCCGAGAAUUGCGACCGUCCGGGAGUGUAGGCCAAAUAACUGUAAAUACCGAGAAGGAAGAUCCCGAAACGCGAAUAAAACAGCUCCGUGAAGCGCUGGAACUCGCGAAAGUAAAAUUGGCGCAGAUUUUUCAGCGGCAGCAGCACCACUAUAAUCUCCGGCGCCGCGAUUGGAGGCCCCGAAUCGGGGAGGAAGUGUGGAAGCGCACGCACGAGUUGUCCAGCAAAGCAGAGGCUUUUAACGCGAAACUCGCAGCUAAAUUCGAGGGUCCUUUUAUCGUUCACCGGGUGCGAUCGCCUGUGGUCUUCGAUUUGAAAACCAUCGACGGAAAAAAUACCGUGUCGCGUGUACACGUACGCGACCUCAAAUCAAACCAGACACGUUAA